CAAGGUCUUGCACUCUUGCUAUGCUAAUUUUCCACAACUGUUUAUUGUGAGGCAUUGACUAAGACAACUCUUUUGAAUCACACUAUGCAAGGCAGUGACAUUAGGAAUAACAACUUUCCUUCUUUCUAAAAAAAAAAAAAAACUUUGCUUCUCUUCUCUCUGAGAUAAUAAAAAAACCCAAUAGUCAUGGUCAUGGAUGCCUCCUAUACUGCAACUUUCACCUUCCUUCUGUUCAUGUUCUUACCAUUAUCUAAUACUGGAGCUCAAACACAAUCACAACUAUUAGAGCGGAUAGCACCGGGUUCCUCACUUUCCCCCGGUAGCAGUGAUUACAAAUCUAUGUGGUUUUCUCCUUCUGGCCAAUUCGCUUUUGGCUUUUAUUCACAAGGCAACAAUGGCUUUGCUAUUGGAAUUUGGUUGGUUGGCAAGAAUAAGAUGAACAACACAAUAGUAUGGACUGCAAACCGUGAUGACCCUCCAGUAACCUCAACUGUAAAGCUACAAUUUACCAUGAAGGGUACAAUAAUACUAACAGAUCAACAGGGACAACAGAAGCUUAUUGUUAAUGCUAAUACAAGAGCUUCCUCGGCCUCCAUGCUUGAUUCUGGGAACUUUGUACUAUAUGACAACCAUAAUAUUUCCAGCAUCAUAUGGCAGAGUUUCGAUCACCCGACUGAUACUUUAUUGGAGAGUCAAUCUCUGCCUUGUGGAGGCCAACUGUCCUCUAGUUUAUCAGAGACCAAUCACUCAACCGGAAGGUUUCAACUCAACAUGCAGGUUGAUGGAAAUCUUGUUCUGUACCCAGCAUACACAACAAAAACAGGUUGGGAUUCUUAUUGGACCUCUGAUACUGUUAGUGCCAAUGUCAAACAUCAUCUUUACCUUAACAGUACAGGUUUACUGCAGAUCUGGAAUGACAGCAGUGAUUCUAGCCGUAUUACCACUUUGCGUAAUACUGAAGAAGACCAACAGAACACUGGAAACCAGACUAUUUAUCGUGCAACUCUUGAUUUUGAUGGGGUUUUUAGGCUGUAUGCUUAUCAUGUUAACAAUGGAAGUAACAUUAUUAUGGGAAGUUGGCCAGGGAAGAAUCCAUGCUAUGUAAAGGGGUUUUGUGGCUACAACAGUUUCUGCACAUUCGAUGACGACAAACCAGUAUGCAAUUGUCUCCCGGGUUAUAAACUUAUAGAUGCAAAUGAAGAUACUCUUGGCUGUGAAAGGAACUAUUCAACAUCAGAGUGUAGAGGUGACAAAUAUGGUGUGGCCUUUUAUAACAUGGUCCCAAUGACCAAUCUUGUUUGGAAUGACCAUCCUUAUUUCAAAGAUGAUGAUAUGUCAUCAGAAGAAGAAUGCUUAUUUGCUUGUUUGAUUGAUUGCAAUUGUUGGGCUGCAAUUUAUGAAGAAGGAAGAUGCAAGAAACAAGGACUUCCUUUGAGAUAUGUCAAACGAACACAUGAAGCUGACGAUUUUACCACUGCUUUCUUAAAGGUUGGAAACAACAGCAUCCAAAGCUCAAAGGGGUAUGAAAGACCUUUUGCUUAUCCAAUCAAGACUACAAGUAACAAAGCAAUAGUGCAUAUUAUUGUUGUUACCUCCUUGUUUAGCAUCAUGUCGUGUUCAACGAUCGUUAUAUCCAUCCAUUACAUGUACAAAAUUCGGGUAUUAAAGUAUAAAAGGCUAACAGAAACUGUUAACUUUGGAGGGCAGAAUGCAGAUUUGGCUUUGAGAAGGUUUACAUACAAUGAGCUGAGAAGAGCAACAAAUAAUUUCAAGGAAGAGUUGGGUAAGGGUGCUUUUGGAAAAGUUUACAAAGGAGCCUUAAACAAAGGUAAGAGAUUGAUUGCAGUGAAGAGACUAGAGAAGGUGGUGGAAGAUGGGGAAAGGGAAUUUCAAGCAGAAGUGAGAUCCAUUGGGAAAACCCACCACAGGAACCUAGUUAGAUUGCUGGGUUUUUGUCAUGAGGGUUCAAAAAGGCUUUUGGUUUAUGAAUACAUGAGCAACGGAUCACUUGAAAAGCUUCUGUUUGGUGAUCAAAGACGUCCAGAUUGGGAUGAGAGAGUAAGAAUGGCACUGGACAUUGCUAGAGGGAUCUCGUAUCUCCAUGAAGAAUGUGAGGCACCAAUCAUUCAUUGUGACAUAAAGCCUCAAAACAUUUUGAUGGAUGAGUUUUGGACUGCCAAGAUAUCCGAUUUUGGUCUUGCAAAACUUUUAAUGCCGGACCAAACCAGAACUUUCACGGUUGUUAGAGGGACACGGGGCUACAUGGCUCCAGAAUGGAACAUGAACGUGCCAAUAUCACUUAAGGCAGAUGUUUAUAGCUAUGGAAUAAUGUUGUUUGAAAUUUUAUGUUGCAGAAGAAACCUAGAUGUUAAUGUGUUGGAACCUGAGGAGAUUCUUCUCUCUGGUUGGGCUUAUAAGUGCCUUGUUGCGGGACAGGUGAAUAAUCUUGUUCCUUGGGAAGUCAUUGAUAAUAAUGUCAUGGAAAAUAUGGUUAAAGUGGCACUUUGGUGUAUCCAAGAUGACCCUUUUCUCAGGCCAACGAUGAAGGGUGUGGUGUUGAUGUUAGAAGGAGUUACUGAUAUAGCAAUUCCUCCUUGUCCAGAUUCCGGUUAUGCAUAAAAGUAACUGUUUCAGCUGUUCCUCAUGUGGCUUUUAAGUUUGUUUAUUUGUGUCAAGUAAUGUAUUUUUGUUUUUCUUUAAGUAUUUAAGGUUGUCUCUGCUGUGUCUAAAAUAAGGAAGCAGGCAAAAAAUGAAUGUAGUUAUUCCUCAUGCCAAUUCAUGUUACAACUUAGCAGCAAAAAAAGCUAAUUGGUUUUGUUAUGUCAACAACAAAGAAUAAAGGGAAAUAUCAUUGUUAAAUCUUAUUUUCAUUUGACUAAAGGUUUACAAAAUAUCCUUCCCAUCGUUAAGGUUUGCCUUGUCUCCAAGUUGUGUUGCAUAAAAUAAGGCAGUAAACCAAAUGUUAAUUUUGCUAUUCCUCAUGUUAAUCCAUGCUUUGUCUAGCAGAUGAUAUGUUUUGUC